UCUCUCUCUCUCUCUCGCACAAGAAUCUAUUAUGGAGUUGAGGCGAAUAAUGCAUCUUUGUUUGCAUUUUUCGCAUUUUCAAGAAACACAGUAGCUACCUUUUGGUUUUCCUCGACUUUCCACGCCGCACUAUUAUUAUACUCAUUUCCUAUCGUUUUCUUCUUUUUUUUUUCUCUCACUGGACACUGCCUCUUGCUAUUUAAUCAGCGCUCUUCUAAUGCAAGAACUUGGAAUGUCUUCUAGUCCAAGACUCCAACUUUUGGCUCAUCACUUGCCUCUUUUCUCUUCUCACCCAUUUUAUUGAAACACCGAAUCUUGCAGCUCCGUUUUUGUUUUCUCAGCUCCAUUUACGGUGACUUUUACUAGCAAGAAUUAAGUGGGCCGGGGGUUUUCUUCUUAUGCGACAUUAAAAAUUUCAGCAUUCAAAAAUAGUUAUUUUUUGUGUUAAUAGAAAAGAAGUUGAGAUUUUUGCAUUGGUGGAAGUGAUGGAUACUGGAGGGAGGCUUGUGGCUGGUUCUCACAAUAGAAAUGAGUUUGUUCUCAUCAAUGCUGAUGAAAUUGGAAGAAUUAAGUCUGUUGAAGAAGUGAGUGGAGAAACAUGCCAAAUUUGCGGAGAUGAAGUGGAGAUAAGUGUAGAUGGGGAACUCUUUGUUGCAUGCAAUGAAUGUGCUUUCCCUGUAUGUCGAACUUGCUAUGAAUACGAGAGAAAGGAGGGAAGCCAGGCUUGUCCUCAGUGCAAAACCAGAUACAAGCGCAUCAAAGGUAGUCCGAGAGUAGAAGGUGAUGAGGAAGAAGAUGAAACGGAUGAUUUAGAACAUGAGUUUGAUUAUGGGAAUCCCGAGGCCCCAGGCUUUAAACAAAGAGUGGGUGGCGUACCCUCCGUUCAUGCUAGUUCAACUGGAUCAACCACAAUCUCAUCUUCUCAAGGGUUGGAAAUCCCUCUUUUGACAUAUAAUGAAGAGGACACCCAGAUUCACUAUGACCGACAAGCUAUCAUCAUACCUCCGUUUCCCGGUCAUGGAGAUGGAACUCAUCAGACUCCUAAUGUGCAACCUCGAUCUAUGGUUCCCGAAAAAGACAUUGCCUUAUAUGGCUAUGGAAGUGUUGCAUGGAGGGAUCGGAUGGAGGAAUGGAAGAGAAGGCAAAACGACAAAGUUCAAGUAGUCGAUCAUCAGCAUAGUAGUGACAAUGGGGAUUUAGAUAGCAGUGAAAUGGACCCUGAUUUGCCUAUGAUGGAUGAAGGGAGGCAGCCUCUGUCGAGGAAAUUACCCAUAUCUUCGAGCAAGAUAAGUCCAUACAGAUUGAUAAUUAUACUCCGUCUGGUGGUUCUUGGCUUCUUUUUCCACUAUAGGAUUCUCCAUCCUGUCCAUGAUGCGUAUGGCUUGUGGAUGACAUCAGUUAUUUGUGAAAUAUGGUUCGCUGUAUCAUGGAUACUCGAUCAGUUCCCAAAAUGGUACCCAAUUGAGCGAGAAACAUACCUUGAUCGGCUUUCUCUUAGGUACGAAAGAGCCCUCCAUGAAGGGAAACCCUCAGAGUUAGCAAGCGUAGACAUCUUUGUCAGCACUGUUGAUCCCAUGAAAGAGCCUCCUCUAAUAACAGCAAACACAGUUCUCUCCAUUCUUGCAGUGGAUUAUCCAGUCGACAAAGUCUCAUGCUAUGUUUCAGAUGAUGGUGCAGCAAUGCUUACCUUUGAAGCACUUUCCGAGACAUCUGAAUUUGCUCGUAAGUGGGUUCCUUUCUGUAAGAAGUUCAGCAUUGAACCUCGAGCUCCAGAAUGGUAUUUUUUGCAGAAGAUGGACUAUUUGAAAAACAAAGUGCAUCCUGCAUUUGUGAGGGAAAGGCGUGAAAUGAAGAGGGAAUAUGACGAGUUCAAAGUUCGGAUCAAUUGUUUGGUAGCCAUGGCAGAAAAGGUACCUGAGGAUGGCUGGACAAUGCAGGAUGGAACACCUUGGCCUGGAAACAAUGUCAAAGACCAUCCCGGUAUGAUACAGGUAUUCCUAGGUCAUGAUGGUCUUCAUGAUGUGGAGGGGAAUGAGCUACCUCGUUUGGUUUAUGUUUCCCGUGAAAAGAGACCUGGCUUUGAGCACCAUAAGAAAGCUGGGGCCAUGAAUUCUCUGGUUCGUGUUUCGGCUGUCCUAUCAAAUGCCCCUUAUCUUCUGAAUGUCGACUGCGAUCACUACAUAAACAACAGCAAGGCACUGAGAGAAGCCAUGUGUUUCAUGAUGGAUCCUACUUCAGGAAAGAAAGUAGGCUAUGUCCAAUUUCCCCAGAGAUUUGAUGGGAUAGAUCGCCAUGAUAGAUAUUCUAACCGUAAUGUUGUGUUCUUUGAUAUCAACAUGAAGGGUUUGGAUGGUUUGCAAGGACCUAUAUAUGUUGGAACCGGGUGUGCGUUCAGAAGGCAAGCUCUUUAUGGAUACGAUGCUCCAACAAAGAAAAAGCCACCAAGCAAGACUUGUAACUGCUGGCCAAAGUGGUGUUGUUUGUGUUGUGGUUCUAGAAAGAAAAAUGAAGGAAAAUCGAAGAAAGACAAGAAAAAGAAGUCAAAGCACAGAGAUGCCUCUAAGCAGAUACAUGCUCUUGAAACCAUUGAAGAAAGGAUCGAAGAGCCAAAUAUUGCAAGAUCACCUACUAUCUCCCAGGAGAAACUCGAGAAGAAGUUUGGGCAGUCACCAGUAUUUGUAGCUUCAACACUAUCAGAAGAUGGUGGCGUUCUGAAGGAAGUUAGUUCGACAUCACUCUUGAAAGAGGCCAUUCAUGUUAUAAGCUGUGGUUAUGAAGACAAGACAGAAUGGGGAAAGGAGGUUGGCUGGAUUUACGGCUCUGUCACGGAAGAUAUAUUGACAGGGUUCAAGAUGCACUGCCGUGGCUGGCGCUCAGUUUACUGCACGCCUAAGAGGCCAGCAUUUAAGGGAUCAGCUCCUAUUAACCUCUCUGAUCGUCUCCACCAGGUUCUCCGAUGGGCUCUUGGAUCAGUUGAGAUUUUCCUGAGCAAACACUGCCCAAUCUGGUAUGGCUAUGGAGGUGGAUUGAACUGGUUGGAACGACUUUCCUACAUAAACUCUGUUGUAUAUCCAUGGACUUCCAUUCCAUUGAUCGUGUAUUGCACAUUGCCAGCCAUCUGCCUUCUUACUGGGAAAUUUAUUGUACCUGAGAUCAGUAACUAUGCCAGCAUUGUGUUCAUGGCCCUCUUCGUCUCCAUUGCCUUAACUGGAAUUCUUGAGAUGCAAUGGGGUCGUGUUGGUAUUGACGACUGGUGGAGGAACGAACAGUUUUGGGUUAUAGGAGGAGCAUCAUCACACCUCUUCGCGCUUGUUCAAGGAUUGCUCAAGGUUUUGGGCGGAGUGAACACCAAUUUCACGGUCACCUCAAAAGGAGGUGAUGAUGGAGAUUUCUCGGAGCUGUACAUGUUUAAGUGGACAUCAUUGCUGAUCCCACCUACAACAUUGCUCAUAAUAAACAUAGUUGGAGUUGUGGUCGGGGUUGCAGAUGCCAUCAACAAUGGUUACGACUCUUGGGGUCCGUUAUUUGGUAAGCUAUUCUUUGCAUUUUGGGUCAUAAUGCAUCUCUAUCCAUUCCUAAAGGGGUUGACAGGGAAGCAAGAAAGAUUGCCUACGGUUAUUGUGAUCUGGUCGAUUCUACUGGCAUCGAUAGUGACCCUUUUGUGGGUACGUAUCAACCCCUUCGUGUCGAGAGACGGCCCUAUACUCGAGAUAUGUGGACUCAACUGUGACGACUAAGACAGCAUUUUCUCACACAGUUUAGCAGUCCUCAACUGAGGUACCUGAAUAGUGAUGGGAGUUUUGUGUAGAAAUGAUUAUUGAUGUUUGUUUAGAAAAUGGUUCUAUUGAUUCUUUGUUAGAUAUAUCUAUGCUUAGUUUUUAUGGUUUCUUGUAUUUUUUUGGGUAUGCUGUAAGUUACUCAUCUUGGUAUUCAAUGUAGGUAGCAAACAAACAUACAGAAGAAGCUCAAUACCAUUCUUUGUAUUAUUUUUAUUUUAAUGUGUUCUUCAA